CUCUCGAGAGAAACUAGAAAGGCCCAUAUGGCGGGGGCAGGUCGUCGUCGCCCCUCCCACGGAUCACCUCCACCCGCGACGCCAUUUCCGCCACUACAUGAUCACUAGGGUUUCGCACCCCCCCUAAGCCCUCCUCCCUCGCGCUUUACCGAUGCGCUGGUGGAAGCGCUCCGUCUCCCCCUCCCACUCCGCCUCCGCAUCCACGCCCGCGUCCCCCGCGCGCGCCUCCACCUCCCGCAUCAUCGGCGUUGGCGGCGGCGCCAGCACCCGUCGCGAUGGAGGCGGGGGGAGCGAACUGCAGCCUCGGCUGGUCAGGGCGCGGCCGAUGCGCUACGUCGUCGGCGACCUCGAGGUCGGUGUCUCCGCGCUCGGGCUGGACGCUCCGGCGGGGAGGGGAGCUUCGGCGAGGUUUGGGCUCGCGACCGCGAGCUCGACGCCGAUCUCGAGGUCGCCGAGUAACAUGGAGGUGGCGCCGACGAGAUCGUCAUCUACGCCCGUGCUGCUGCCGCACCCGCUGCCGCUGCCCGGUGAGGGGGACUCGUCGUAUCGCAGGCCUGGGAGGCCGCUUCCGUCGCCGAGGCUGGUCGACGGGGACUGGAACGUGUCGGAGGCAGAGCCACCGGGGGUUUCAGAGACUGGGAGUGAAAGGAUGCCGCCUUUGCUCUCGCCGAGAGUGAUAGCCCAAACUGUACAAAAGACUCAUGAGCACAGUGACUUAUGGUUAAAUGGGACUAUCUGCGGUCAACGGAGAAAGGUUUUUAAGAAGUUCCAGGAUAAGAGCUCUGCUGAAACUUUGAACUUCAGAUUGAACAUUCCUGCUAAAAGUGCUCCUAGCAGUCCUGUACAAAGUCCUCGAAGAUUGAGUAAUGUGGACUUCUCAUCUACUGCAAUCUCCGCACGGUCAGUCUGGUCUUCUGAUCUCUUGGGAUCUUCACCUCCUUGUGCCUCACCUGAAAAUUUUGGGGGUGGUCAGGAGCGUUCUCCUUGCUCUAGUCCACCGAGAAGUCCGAUUCUAAGACCAAGAAACCCAAGUGCACCUCCAUCACCGAUGCAUCCAAAGUUGUUCCCGGAGAACCACGUUUCUCGUCCUGAAGGCAAUGGGAGUUCCAAUUUUCACCCGUUACCUCUCCCUCCUGCUUCUGUAAGCCCAAAGCAAAGAAAUGUUAGCCACCAGUUAGUUCCAAAAGUUGAGGUGCCGCCAGUGGCUGGUCAAUGGCAAAAAGGAAAACUCCUUGGUAGUGGCACAUUUGGAUGCGUAUAUGAGGCCACCAAUAGGCACACUGGAGCUCUUUGUGCCAUGAAAGAGGUCAAUAUCAUUCCAGAUGAUGCUAAAUCAGCUGAGUCUCUGAAGCAAUUGGAACAGGAAAUAAAAUUUCUUAGUCAAUUUAAGCAUGAAAACAUAGUGCAGUAUUACGGCAGUGAAACUAUUGAAGAUAGAUUCUACAUAUACCUGGAAUACGUUCAUCCUGGUUCAAUUCAUAAGUAUGUUCAUCAGCAUUGUGGAUCACUGACAGAAUCAGUCAUCCGUAACUUCACACGCCAUAUUCUCAAGGGUCUUGCUUUCUUACAUAGCCAAAAGAUUAUGCAUAGGGAUAUCAAAGGGGCAAAUUUGUUAGUUGAUAUCAAUGGUAUAGUCAAAUUGGCAGACUUUGGAAUGGCUAAGCAUUUGAGUACUGCAGCUCCCAAUCUUUCAUUGAAGGGAACACCAUACUGGAUGGCUCCGGAGGUUGUUCGGGCCACACUUGAUAAAAGUGUAGGUUAUGAUCUUGCUGUUGAUAUUUGGAGCCUUGGUUGCACAAUCAUCGAGAUGUUUACAGGAAAGCCUCCUUGGAGUGGUCUUGAAGGGCCUGCUGCAAUGUUUAAGGUGUUGCGAACAGACCCGCCGGUUCCGGAUAAUCUGUCCCCUGAAGGUAUGGAUUUUCUGAGAUGCUGCUUCAAGAGAAACCCUGCUGAGAGACCAACAGCAAGCAAGUUGCUUGAACACCCAUUCAUCCAAAAUUCGAAUCACUACAACAAGCAUUCUUUUGCAGGAAUCAAACCCCCUGAUAAUGGGCACAACAGUGCAAGAGAUAAAAUGCCCUGGAAGAGUGAUUCAUGUAGGAGAGGAAAACACGCAAAUGGUGAUACAAGCAGUGCUAGAUCUUCUGGAUCAUUGGCUUAUCGUUUGACACCCCUACCCAACUUGGGAACUCAUAGCUUGUCCCCUCCCCCGUUGAAUUUGGCCUCCAGUUCUGGCUCUGCAGCCCAUACACCGAACAGUAUGCAUUUUCCAAUCGCGUACCCUCAGCCUAGUCCUUUGCCAAAGCCUAACGGGAAGGAAGCAAUAAAUUUGUUUUCACAUUGAAGCACAGCAUGCAGCCUACGUGUGCAGACACAACAUCUGGGCCAAAAGCUACAUAUAAACAGUCCUGAGGCGAUUUGUCAGGCAGUUGGAUGCUUUGCCAGUCCCUAACCUCUGACCCUUGUACUGCCAGUGAUAAUUGACAAUUUUCUGGGUCUUGUAAAGUAUUUUCCAUGUAAAGGACACCACCACGGUAUGGUCACAGGGAAAUGCUGCUGAAUGAGGGAGCUCUGUGGAGUCUGUAAUGUUUGUUUUCUGGGGGAUAUGAUUGCAUUUACCAUGUAACAUAUUUAUUAGGGUUUAGCUGUAGGUAAAUCUAAUGGUCCUGAUUGUGCCGACACAUCAGACAUUAGGGGGGGUUCUUGUAGCAUGUGUUGUCGUUGAUGUUGUGUAAUGAUCAUGAUCAUAUUUGAUAUAACCAUUGUCGAUGAUUUUUUGGGGCCAAGUAAUAAUACAUGCCAAUUGGCAAAAGGAAA